GCUUAGACACUAGACGUUGUGACCAAACAUUACUGGACAUUACACCAUCACACAGAAAUAUGCAAAAGUUCGUCCUAACAACAGUACUUAUCGUAUGUGCCCUGCUAGUAAGCCAAGUGACGUGUCAAGAGGCGAUGUUAGAGCCCCCAGACAGGCCCCACAGCUUCAGGACACCAGACCAGCUCAGGAGCUACCUCCGGGCCCUUAACGAAUACUACUCCAUCGUCGGCAGACCACGAUUUGGACGAAGCGUGAACAAGCGAUCCCUUGAAAGUAGUCUCUUCAACACCGAGGAUCUUAACACUGGAGAAUAGACUACCCUGCAUUUGAAGACGAACGUGACCUCUACAUAUGACGCAUGUAAAGCCCCUACAUCAAGAGAAGACAACUCGUUGCUGUGAAUUUCACAGACUUUCCUAUUAUUUAUGGGACACUUUGUAAUUGUUUUUCUAUGUUGCAAUCGUCUACUGUUGUAAGAAGAAAAAUGAAUAAAAAUUGAC